AUGUCUUGGCAGGGAUACGUCGACACCAACCUCGUCGGAACGGGCAAGAUCACCCAGGCCUCGAUCAUCGGCCUCAAGGGUGGCGUAUGGGCCACCUCGCCCGGCUUUGACGUCACGGCCGACGAGCAAAAAGCCAUCAUCGCCGGCUUCGACGACGCCUCCAGCCUCCAGGCCAGCGGCAUCCGAGCGGGCGGACGCAAGUUCUUCUGCCUCGGCGUCACCCCCAAGACCAUCUACGGAAAGCAGGGCGCCGACGGCUUCGUCGCCGUCAAGACAAACCAGGCCGUGCUCGUGUGCGUCUACAACGCCCCCAUUGUCCCCGGCGACGCCAACAAGGUGGCAGAGGGCCUCGGCGACUACCUCAUCGGCGUCGGGUACUGA